CGCAGUUGCAGAAAGGAGAGCGGUUGCCAAGGCAGCCACCAAUCUCCCCUCCCCCCCUCUUUGCUCCCUCCGUUCCUCUUUCCCGUUUAUUAUCGGCAGAGGUCGCAUGGCAGAGGGAAGUCCAACCACUUCUGUACUGGAACCAAUGCAAGAAUAUGCAGCUCCAUAACAAAGCCCGUAUGGAGUCCUGAGAGCAGUGAAGGAAGCACGCGUCCGUGGAGGCUUUUUUAAUUGUUAAAAAAAAAAAAAAAAAACGUGGAAAAAAAAAAGAACCCACAAAACAGGAUCUAAGUUGGAGGUUUGCAUUGUUUGGCCAACACGUGCGUACCACCAAUGCAUUUGCACUCUCCGUUUAGAGCGAGUGAGUGAGUCUGUUUCGCAUCCUGGUGCCGGGCUCUGAAGGAGGACUGCGCAUCAGCGGAGUUGGUACCGAAGUACGAAUGCGAAGAGAAGCGAAGAGAAGAGAAGAGUGCACCGAGUAAAACUCCUGCACUUGUUUGGUUUUUUUUUUAUUUUUUAUUUUUUAUUAUUUCCAGUGUGUAUAAUUACUCCUACUUUCUUGUGCUUCUGGCGGUGUGUUUGACAAGACAACAGUGAGUGAAACACGCCGAAAGUGAUUUCAUGCCUUCAGUCUCGCUCAGCCUGAGAUGGACGUGAGAUUUUAUCCUGCGCCCCCGGCAAAUGUGGGUUCAUGCUCCCUGCCGACUGAUCCAAGUUGCCUGAGCUCGCUGGACUAUUACCACUCGAACAAGUUUGAUGCUGACAACAUGUAUAUGAAUGACAGCAACCAAGAGUUUCGGUCGCCAAAUCAGAGCUACUCCAGUCAGGGCAGAGGCAGCGGCGGCGGUGGAGGCGGAGGAGGAGGAGGUGGAGGAGGAGGGGGCACAGGGGACGAAGACUACGAGAUUCCCCCCAUCACGCCUCCAAACCACGUCGACCCUUCUCUACUUCACCUCACAGAGCACGAGUCGGGCUACCCCUUCCACUCUCUGCCUCACAACGGCUUGCUCAACACCUACUCCUAUCCCGAGCUGCCUGCCCUCAUGAUGUCCAACAUGCUGGGUCAGGACACUCACCUCCUCUCUGGGCCUAUGCACUCGAUAAGCAACGAGAAGCGGAACGCGGCAGAAAUGAUGAAGCCCAAGCCCAAACCUCAGAAGAAGAAAAAGAAGAAGGACCCCAAUGAGCCACAGAAGCCCGUGUCGGCAUACGCGCUCUUCUUCAGAGACACCCAAGCUGCCAUCAAAGGCCAAAACCCCAACGCCACUUUUGGAGACGUCUCCAAGAUCGUGGCCUCCAUGUGGGACAGCCUCGGGGAGGAACAGAAGCAGGGCUACAAGAGGAAAACUGAGGCAGCUAAGAAAGAGUACCUGAAAGCAUUGGCCGCGUACCGAGCAAGUCUGGUUUCCAAGACAUACAAUGAUCCUGAACCAAAAAGUGCCCAGCAGACCAGCCAAUCCUCUCACCUGCUGCCCCCCAAACAGCCCCUGUACAGCGUGCCCCCUCAGUCUUCUUCACCCUACCUGGGCCCCCCGGGCUCCUUCCCGCUCUCCGAGCUCCAGAGCUACGGUGGGCCGCCGCGCCACGCCCUGGGCCCGACCCUCAGCCAGUCCCAGAUGCUCCCGCCCAGCAUGAGUGCCUCUCCCCCAGCACCCUUCCAGAUCAGCCCGCCUCUGCACCCGCACGCCCAGCUCUCCUUACAUCUGAAUCAGCCAAUCCGCAUGCAACAGUCGCAGCCAAUCAUCUCACACCAAAUGGGGCUCCAGGCGCCUCUGCAUUCCCCUCCGCUCAGCCAACAGGGAUUCUCCCAUCUUCAGGCUGAUUACCAGAACAGCGUCGGGGGCUCGCAGUCCCCAGGGGCACCCAAUCCAGUGCAUGGGCAGAACCCCGACUGGGAUGGCGAGUACUGCAACAGGGAAUGUGGACCCAACCACUGCGGCAGUGGCAUGGGAGCCCGGGACAAGCCUCUCUACCUCACUUGAAGUUAUAUGACCUCCACAUGUCAGACUCCAGAGAGCUUUCUAACAUAACAACAGCAUCAUUGAUGUAUCUGCUUUUUAUUCAUUUUGUUUUUUCCUUUUUCUUCUUCCUCUUCUUCUUCUUCUUCUUCUUUUUCUUCUGAUGGAUUUUGAAAAUCCCAAAGACUGCUACAGUACCACCUUUUUGCCAAGCACUUAAUCGGCCACAAGCCCAAGGCACUUCCUUUGCUUUCUCCCCCCCCC